GACAAUAGUCUGCAUAUUCGUUCAGAAUGACGACAAAGGAUCAGGUGUCAUCAAGCCCCUGUCCAGCUGAAGAUUCAAUUGAGGAAUGCUCCGUACGCAACCAGUAUAUCGGUAUUCCUCGAUUCCAGGUUGUCGAGCGUGUCGAGUGUGUCGAACAUACAGCACUACCGGCAGAGCCAGGAAACACUCGUACUUCGUAUACGUACAAAGCUCAUGUUGACACUAUCUCCGAGGAACUAGAGGGGCGGUGGACCUUGAAUUCGUAUGGAAUAGACGACGAUCAGAUCUUGAACCAUUUCAAUCAGUCUUUGGAACAUGUCCGAGAGCCUUCAAUCACAGCGGACAAUGCUUUGCAGCUCAUAAUCGUUGAUCACAACGACAAGGACCCUGCGCAACCAGCCGAUGCCAGAAGGAGGAGAUGGAAACCCCACACUACGCCAAUCAUAUUUACGUACGGUUGGUUUGCAAAUCCUCGCCAACUUACAUGUCCCCUCGAAUCCAGGGAAGGACGCAAUAACUUACGCCACCCUUACGCCACGUCUGUCGAAGGAAGCCGCAAGUCCUUCCUCUCUCCAGAAUUUCCAUGUUUAUCGAGUCGCAGCCGCGGAUUUCGACAUGGUGUGGGCAUUCGGGUACGAAUCCAAGGCUAUUUGCGGCAUCGUCAGUCAUUUCGGACCACAGGCAGGACGUAUAACCACGGCCCUUAGGGACGACCUAUUCGCACAUAGAUCCCUUGCAAGGCACCCUAUGCUUCUUGGCCUACUGGCUCACUGUCACAUUGCACCACAAAUCGAAAAUUGGCUGAACAUCCACGCUGGUCGGGUUGUGGAAGCCGCUCGGGACAGUGGCUUCCACCACGAUCUAGACAUCGCGGAAAGACGGCGGGUGAUUGACACUGAGCUAGGCGAGCGUUCUGCCAUUGUGAGCGGAGUUGCGGCCAAUAUCGCGACGAACCGCUACUGCUGGGAAGGCCUAUACGGAUUGGCGAAAUUCAUAGUCCAGGAAUGUGAUCGGCUAGGACAGUCCCAGGUUCAUGACGGCGGAGACCAGUGGCUGCGGAGUAAUGCUUACAUCACUCAGCAUGCGAAUUGUUGUGUUCUGAGUGCACUGGCAUUGAGGGAGGAGGCAGGUUCCUGGCAAAAGAAGGCGGACAUCCAGAUCCAAGGGUUGUUUAACCUCAUCGCUCAACGGGAUCAGAACCAGAGUAUCGGAAUUGCGUCCACGUCUAAAUCCAUCGCCGAGGAAAGCAAGAAAGACAGCACCUCGAUGAAAGCCCUCGCAGUGGUGACCAUCUGCUGUCUGCCCGGGACUUUCAUAUCGUCUCUGUUCGCUAUACCGUUCUUCCAAUGGGAUGCCGAUUCGGGCAAUGGCGUAGUCAACCAGCGGAUCUGGGUGUAUUGGGCUUUCGCGCUCCCGCUCACUGGCCUCAUCCUGAGCCUGUUCCUCAUCUGGGACCGGCACAUGACCAAGCAGGCUCCGAUUGCGAAGACUAAAAAUUGACCAAGAAACAGGAGAUUCAACGUCGGAAUCUCGAGCUGUGUACUUUCCAUUUCCGUCUUUGGACCUGAGCAUGGCCUGAGCCUCGCCGCUUUAACCUGUGACUCAAUGGAGGAACAUGGUGAAUUCUACUCGGUCCUGGGGACCGUCAGACUAUAUACCCUUGAGUAAUUUACACAGGCCUACUAGCGCCGUCCGAUGGCCUUCGGCCGAAGGCCAUCGGGGUACCUUCCCUAACCGUCAUUACAUAGCCUUGGUAGGGCCGUCAGUCACAAACCUGAG